UGCUUCAUAUGUUAUACUGAACUGAACGCAUCGUUAAAUUCAUUCUGUGUUAUGAUUUGUCAAAAUUCUCCGGCUGUCAAUUUCUAAAAAUCUAUAUUCAGAUUCUACUAUAUUCGACAUCUAAAAUCAGUAGUUUUUGAGAUGUAAUUUGAGUUAUAAAUCUUAUCAAGUGACAUUGAUGAUUGUGUUAAAUAAACAUUAUAUUGAUAAGAACUAAGAAGACAUUUUGCGGAGUUCUAGAGUUUAUUGAAUAUAAUUUAAAAUGAUUUCUUCUUGUGUUGUUAGUUUAUUGAAUAAGCCGAGUUUAUUUUUGAAAGGAAGUCGUCGCUUACAUUUAUUAAAUAAAAAUGCUUACAUUAAUGGACAAUGGGUGAGUGCCGGCAGCAAAGCAGUAUUUCCGGUAAUUAAUCCGGCGGAUGACAAAGUUAUUACCGAGGUUCCUGAUAUGGAAGCUGCCGAUGCUAAAGCAGCUGUUGAUGCUGCUUCAAGUGCUUUUAAAACUUGGAAAGAUACAACAGCAAAAGAAAGAUCUUAUAUAUUAAGAAAAUGGUAUGAUAUGUGUGCUAAAAAUACAGAUCACCUUGCACAAAUUAUAACUGCUGAAUCAGGAAAGCCAUUAGCUGAAUCUAAAGGAGAAAUAGUUUAUGGAAAUUCAUUUCUAGAAUGGUUUGCAGAUACUGCCCGUCACAUUAACGGUGAAGUUAUUCCAAGCCCUUGGCCUAAUAAGACCAUUAUGUUGACAAGGCAGCCAUUAGGUGUAGUGUCGGUUAUAACACCAUGGAACUUUCCGUUUGCAAUGAUCACUCGAAAGGUGGGUGCUUUAAUGGCAGCGGGAUGUACAUGUGUUAUUAAACCGGCCGAGGACACACCCUUGACAGCUCUAGCUGCGGCUAAAUUAGCAGAGGAAGCUGGAGUACCCAAAGGUGUUAUCAACGUUGUUACGUCAAGCAGAAAAAAUGCUCCUGCUAUAGGAAAAGUUCUGUGCGAGGAUCCUAAUGUGGGAUGCAUAUCUUUUACUGGUUCGACGCAUGUUGGUAAAAUACUAUAUGGAAUGGCAUCUAAAGGAAUCAAGAGAGUUAGCCUCGAGCUAGGUGGCAAUGCCCCAUUUAUUGUUUUCCCAAGUGCUGACAUUGAACAUGCAGCAGAACAUGCUAUGCUUGCUAAAUUUAGAAAUAAUGGACAAGCAUGUGUCGGUGCCAAUCGAUUUUUAAUACACAAAGAUGUUUUUGAUACAUUUGUGCAGGCUUUUAAGAAAAGAAUUGCCAAAGGGUGUAUAAUGGGUCCUGGUACUAAAGAAGGUGUGACUUGUGGACCUUUAAUUAACACAGAACAAGCUAAAAAGGUAACGGGACUAGUAGACGAUGCACUGUCAAAGGGUGCUAAGGCACUUAUUGGCGGUAAACCUGCAGUUGAAAUAGGAAGUAAAUUUUAUGAGUCGACUAUCCUAACUGAUGUUAAGCCAGAGAUGAAAAUAUAUGCAGAAGAAAUUUUUGGUCCAGUAGCAGUAUGCCAUAAGUUUGAAACGGAGCAAGAGGUGGUCGCAAUUGCCAAUGGCACUAGAAGCGGCCUUGGGUCUUAUGUGUUCACAAAAGAUCUCGGUCAAGCAUUCAGAAUGUCUCGUCAGUUAGAUUUUGGUAUGGUUGCUAUCAACGAUGGAAUAUUGUCCGCUGCUGAGCCUGCUUUUGGAGGUAUUAAGGAGUCGGGAAUCGGCAGAGAGGGCAGCAAACAUGGUGUCGAAGAAUACACAGACAUAAAAUAUACCCUGUUUUCAGCUUUGGACAAAUAGAAGAAGUUUUAUCAUCAUUAAUGAAAGUGACUCUUUUUGACUUUGAAAUAGUCCCCCCAAAAAAGUGGAACUAUUUUUUGCUUAAAUCGUUCCUACAGUCAUAAUUUUUUUUAAGCGUAAACAAAUUUUAAUUUAUAUUUAAAAAUAAGUUAUAUUAUUAUAUAAUGACAAAAAUAAACAUAUAAAAUUUUAAUUUAAUAAAUAUAAGACUAUAUCAUUCCAGUCUUCCAGGAAAUGUGAUUUUAGAAUAGGUUUAUUAAGAUCUGUUUUAUAAGCAUUUUAGUACAUUAUGUACUAAAUAUAUACUAGUUGUAAUAUAAAUUGCAUUUAAACGGUUGAAUCCUAUAAGUUGCAGUCAUAACAAAAAUAUAUCAACUGUGUAUCUAAAAUUAUUAUAUAUUAAUAUUUAUAAG